GAGUGAACUGCGGAGCCUAAUCCAAGAUGGCGAUGCCCAUUAAAUGUAAAUAAGAGUGAUAUAUGUGCGGUUGGUAUGAUUAUUGGCGAGAAACUGCAUCAUUUGAUCACAUAAAGACGUCGACAGUUUCCUGCAAUUACCAAGCAAUUUUGCUGAUGUGCAACUGUGAGGUGUAAGAAUGAGGCGGAGGUGAUGACAGUCAGGGAUCAUCAGACUUAACAUGAGAAUGGUGACAACAAAAGGAGAGCGAGAGAGAGAGAGAGAGAGAGAGAGAGAGAGAGAGAGACUCUGCGCCACUUACUUUGCGUUCCGUGCAGCGUUCCAUCACAGCAGCUGGACGCUCCUCCUCUUUUCUCCCUUAAAGCCUCCUCCUCCUCCUCAUCAGCAUCCUCCUUCUCUUCCUCCUCCCGUGCACCUCAUUAGUCUCACGCUGCGGCGAGCCUCAGUCGUCGUUUCCGCCACAAACACGCCGAGCUCGGGACGAUGUGUGCCUCCUACGGGGGAUGCUCUACACGGGCCACGCAGCGUGGAAAGCUGCGCUAGAAGGAGAAGGAGGAGGAGGAGGAGGAGAAGAAGCGGGAGGGAUGGUUGGUUCUUGGUGGAUGUCUGUGAUCCUGCUGGGCUUCCUGUGCGUGUCCACCGUGAGGGCUGACGCCCUGCUUUCGGCGCCACUCAAUGUAACCGUCAAGGAGAUUGAAGUCAACUCGGCUAUGGUCACGUGGGAAACCCUGGAGGGAGACCCCGUCAUUGGAUUCGCCAUCACUCAACAGAAGAAGGAUGUGCGCACGCUGAGGUUCAUCCAGGAAGUGAACACCACCACUCGCUCCUGUGCGUUGUGGGGCCUGGAUGAAGACACAGAGUACAUCGUCCACGUGCAGAGCAUCAGCAUGGGGGGCAGCAGCCCGCCCAGCGAUCCGGUCCUCUUCAGAACCCCUAAAGAAUCGGAGAAACUGGCAUCCAAGAGUCCAGAUGAGGUCACGAUGGAGGAAGUGGGCCAGGCUGCUCAGUUGCGAGCCGGUGAAGUCAUCAUCAUUGCAGUGGUUCUGGUCAUGUGGGCAGGCGUGAUUGCGCUGUUUUGUCGUCAGUAUGACAUCAUCAAAGACAACGAGCCCAACAACAACAAAGACAAAGCCAAGAACUCAUCGGAGUGCAGUACUCCAGAGCACCCACAGGGGGGGCUACUGCGCAGUAACGUGUAACAUGCUGCUCUAACAACGCUGCAGUGACUGAAGCACAGGACAGGCCCUGAGAGCCAACAAGCGGCCAUGUUAACAGUGAAGAAGCCGUACUGUCCAUACAUUUCACCAAAAUCCCUUUCACUUCCUGGGUGCUCGCCCUUUGUGUCACCAGUUUAGUGAUGCAUCUCCUCCUCUCCUGUGGCCGCCCUUGACAUUUCAGGAAUAAAACCUGACAUUUUCCUUCAACGAGCCAGAUGUCGCUCUCAUACAACGUGGCAAAUUCCGAGGGUGGGAACAAAAGGGACGUGCGGCGACUUUUUUUUUAGGUCUGCAAGUUAACGUGUACUCUUGAUCGCCACGCAGUUCACCCUAAAGGACGUAUGGAUGGGAAUAACGACUCAAAUUGAGGCAAAGAUGCGAGUGUCCAACAGUGUCUUCUUUUUUUCUUUUUUUUUUUUUACAUUGUAGCACUGCUGAGAUGAAUACAUCCAUGAUUUUUAUAUACGCAAAUCCUAUACUAUCUAUAUUUGUGUAUGAAUGACUGUACUAUUUAAUUUGUGCUGUGAAAAAAAAUCCAAUCUGUACCAAAUAAUCACUUCAAUGCAAAAAAAAAAUGUAUUGAUAGUACAUUGAAAAACAGUCAACAACCACCCCUACAUGCCACAAUAAGUAAUAUUAGGUUAAAAAAAAUAGAUUGUAGUUUGCUGUGGUGUGCAUUCCACAUUAUUAGGUACACCUGCCUGAACUCCAAUGCAACAUUUGGCCAUAUCCAUGGUAGAAAAUGCUCAAUAUGAGCAUAUUGUUACAUUAUUACAUCAUUACUGUGGCUAAACCGGAUUAAAUUGUAUGUGAAAACACUGCAUGUGUGCCGAGGGAGUCAAUUACUUUUUUAAUCUUGUGUUCUGCCCUCAAACCCUCCCUUUCCUUCCCUCCGCUAUCUCCCUCCACACUCGCCCACCUUUGUCCUCCCAUUUAUCACCCUUACCCUCCGUUCCCGCUCCCUGUCUCUCGUGUUUCUCAUUAUAGACGCCCUCAGACUCCCAUUAGCCAUCUUUCUCUGGCCUCCACAUCAGCGCUUUUCUGCCCACACGCACCCUUUGGUUUUGUUUUCACCUCAGAGUGGUCAUCACAGUCCCCUAUUUACAAAGGUGGAAAUGCACCCUUUGGACUGACACUUCCACAGGUUGUCAUUUAACAAGAUACAGCAUCGGUGGUUGUUAGACUACAUAUUAUCUUUUGCCAGUGACAAUUUUUUUUCUUAAAAAAACACAAUUAGGGACUGACCAAAUAUGUAUUAAAUAUGUAUUAUUAUGAAAUAAAUAUUUUCAGUGCUCAAUUUUGCCCGAUUGU